UUCCCCCACCCCCUUCGCGGUACUACGAGUACGAUGCGCCAGAGCGGUAUCAGGCGUAACCUCGCGACUCGUACAAGUUUUAUUAUUUUUCGCGGCGUCGUCGCGGCUAUCUGCGUGGAGUGUGGAGCCGACCGUUCCGGGAUCGCGCAAGUCUCACAAUGAAGUUCACCGAGGGUGAAGAGGUGCUCGCCAAACAUCCGAACACCUCUGAAUACUACAAGGGACGGAUUCUGAACGUUAAAGGAGAUCGCUAUAAAAUACAAUUUGAAACAGGCAUCGAGUCCAUGGUCAGAGAACAUGACAUAAAGGCUGAGAGAGGAAGAUCUGCAACCAGAGCGAGCAAGAGAACAGGGAAAAGUCCCCCGAGAUCUUCGCCUAGUAGGAGGUCGCCGAGUAGACGAUCGCCAGCGAGGCAGUCGGGCAAAUCGCCUGCGAGAUCACCAACGAUGUCGGCGAGAAAAAUGCCCGUUCGCAGCACGCGUCUUGCUAAAAUAUCUCUAUCGCGCAUUGAUGUCGAAGGCGACAAAACGAGCAAUCAUAAAGGAAGCGAUGCAAAGUCACUGUCAGAUAGUCCGACUGAAACGUUGCCUCUGCAGCAACGCCUGAAGAGAGAAGUUAUGACUGUAACGCGCAGACCGACGCUUCUGAAGACUGAGCAGGAAUAUAAAGCAAUCAUGCUGACGAGAAGCUCCGAUAGAGCCGUCUCGCUGCCGGUGGAGAGAAAAAAUUAUGUACAAGAUUAUCUUCCGGGAGAAAAGGAAAGAGGAUAUUCAGUGCAAAGAGAUCAAGAUUUGACGAAACCCGUGCAAGAGGGAGAGAAAUGGGAAACGGUGGUGAAACGUCAAAAAGAGAUAAAUAGAGUCGACAAACCGCAAGAAUGGGGCGGAUGGAUCGGGACGUCUUUCCUCGUAUUUAUAUUGCCGAUGUCUGCAAUCUUACCACAGUUCUUGUGCUUGAAAGGACAGUGCAAAACUGCACUCGUGAAGCUUCCUGUCAAAUUGGAGUCUUACUUAAAUUUAUAUACACCGUUGUCUUACGUUGCGUUUUUAACAUUAUUGGCUUGUAUUUCGAUUAUACCGAUCGGAAGAACCGUUGACGGACAGCAGAGUAAAACCGGGAGACUCCAGUAUCGCAUAAAUGGCUAUUUGAGCGCCAUAAUAACGCUACUGAUAUUUGGUUUAUGCGAAUACAUGAAUAUAUCGGUUAGCGAUUACAUCCUGAAUAAUACCGUGCAAUUGUCAGUCAGUGGCUGGAUUGUGGGAACACUUUUAGCUAUCGGAUUAUAUAUAAAGGCAGGAAAAGCCCCGGUGAUCAAUCUGAAUAUAUAUGCAUCAACCAACAGCAAGAUAUAUAAUUUUUGGCAGGGCAGGGAGAUUAAUCCGCGAAUUGGUGCUUUGGAUAUUAAGCUGCUGUUAAUUCGAGCUUGUCUCAUUGGCACGUUGCUCGUGAACAUGGCCAUCGCGAUUAAAGCUGUUGGCGGCGUAAAGAAUAUAAAUAUUGAGAAACUUGAAAUGGCUGCAUUGUUAGUUGUCUUGAUGCAGCUCAUUUAUACUCUGCAUGGAUUAAUGUACGAAGCCGCUAUCCUUACGUCCUUCGCAAUUAUGUACGAGGGAACCGGAUACAUGACAUGUGUUGGUCCCCUGUUGUAUCCAUUUUUGGGGACUCUCACCGCAAGAUUUAUCUUGUAUCAGAAGGUGAAACUCGACUACUUCGUUGGCUUAUCCAUCUUGAGCUUUGUAAUAGGAUUCGUCUUGUAUAGGACUAGUAAUCUGCGGAAAGAUGAGUUUAGGAAGAAUCCAGUUUCGCCGACAGUACCUUAUUUGGAAACCAUCCCGACGUCACGUGGCAAGAAAUUGAUGUUGUCCGGUUUAUGGGGCUGGGUGAGACAUCCUAACUACUUGGGUGACAUUAUAAUGCAAUGGUCUAUCGCAAGUAUUAGCUGGACAAAGGACAUUCUGCCGUACUACACAGCAAUCUGCUGCACGUUAAUGCUCGCUUACAGAGCUGUGAGAGACAAUAGACGUUGCCAGAUGCGAUACGGAUAUGCAUGGGAGCAAUACUGUUCGCGCGUGAAGUACAUGAUCAUGAAACGUAUAUUUUAAAACAAUUGAAGGCAUAGCAUGAGGUAUUUAUGAAUACCAAAAUCUAUAUCAGAGUUUUAUCAUAGAAGGUAAUGCUCAUUACAUUUUAUAGGAUCUCUAUUCGUGCAUUUUACAAUAUUUUUUUAAGCCAUAGUGAUACACUAGUAUUAUAAAGUACACAAAUAUUAGAAUCGGAUAAGAGCCAAAAAUAUUUUGAUAAUAUUGAAAGAUUUCACAUUAGAGCGAGAGAGAAAGAUAUAUAUGUAUAUGUAUAUUUAAGCUUAUAAUAUGAAUCUCCAUAUAUGUGAUGAGAAGUUAAUAGGAUGAUGCUGUAUGUUUUGAUAAAGAGAGGAAAAACUUGUGUAUUUGUAGGCUAAACAUAUAUUGUAGGACUAUUAUAAGUAUAUAUUAUAUUGGUUAUAAGACAUGUGCCUGUAAAAAUAUCAUUACAAACUUGAAAA